CUGGUCUCCCUUGGCGCUGGCAGUGACAUCAACCCAAAGGAAGUUCUAAAGAUUUCCACGAGCGGCGGCGAUGGUGCCCAUGGAAGCGUCGCCGUUGGACCCGCGGCCUCCCCCCCGCCCGCGCCCCCCGCCCGCCCCCCGCCCAGACGGAGCGCGUGGCGGACUCGGCGGUGGACACCCUCGUGACGACCACCGUGGCCCUGGUGCUGGCGCUGCUGGUGCUGGCCUACCUGUACCUGUGCUGCCACGUGUGGGGCCUCCACCUGCGCCUGCUCGCGCUCGUCAAGUGCAUCGGCGGGAGGAGGGAACACGCCAGCUCGCACCUGCUCCUCCCUCAGCCCGCGGGAGCAGCAGCACCGCUUCCCCGGCGGGCGGCCCUCCAUCUCCCUGCCCAUGCCCAGCGCCCACCACCGCCUGGCCGUCGAGACGCCGCCGCCCCGCUACUCGCUCGUCAACGGCUCCUUGCCCUCCUACAGCUGCGCCAUGCUGCGCACGAUGAGGGUGGUGGACAGCCCCCUGCAGUUCCGCAUCCUGGUCCGCGUGGGCGCCAGCGACCUCUGCGGCCCCAAGGUCUCUUCUUCGCGGCUCCGGCUGACGUCAAAGGACGCCCACGCGUUCUCGACGAAGCUGCCCUUCGUUCCGCAGUUCGACGCGGCGUCGCUCGGGCCGUCGACGUCGUCGCCCGAGGCCGCCGUGUCCUUCGCCGAGUCGGACGAUCACUGCUGCAUCGACCUCAACAAUAACAUCCCCCUCGCCAGCCUCCACCCCGACGUCUUCUCCUCCGGCGAGAGCGACGCGUCCUCCGGAGGCGACCCCGAAGAGCGCGAGGCGGACGGCUCGGGGACUUACGGAGGAGACCUGGUCGACGGGCGCGCCCAGCCAGAAGUCGCCAAGCCCGUCGAAGUAGCUGACAAGUUCGUGAAGGUGGUGGUGCAGCGCGAGGGCCACGAGGCCCAGCACUGCAUGUUCGCCCGACGCACCGCGCCGUCGUGCUACGAGGCCAGCUGGACCAUGAAGCCAGAGGACCUCACCGCCAACUACACUUUCCAGGUGUACUUGGAGAAGAAGCAGGAGGCGGACGUGUACCUGGAAAUGCUCGACGCCGACGGGUUCAUCGUGGCCGUGGACCAGCUGUCCCCAGUCCCCUCCGCACGCCCGCCAGUCUAUCUCACGCCCGCGCCCUCAUACACGUCCCCCUGACGGCAAAAUAUUCCUCAGAUCGUACUCUUCUCUUGUAUUAUUGUGACGAUGUCUGUGUCGCUGCGUCAUGUAGUUUAGUAGGUUAUAGUUUGUAUUAUAUUUAUUUUUAUUUAACUGUUGACUCUUAAAUAUAAAUGCCAUAUA